AUGGAGGAGACAGUUGUGCGGCCUUCAGUGUUCGUCGUGGACGGACAGACAGACAUCCCAUUCAAGAAGCUGGGGUCCAGCCGCCGGAAAAACACCUGCAGUGCCGCCCGGCUGGGUCUGGCGCUCCUGCUGCUGCUGAUGGUGGCCGGGAUGGCCGUGCAGGGCUGGUUUCUGCUGCGGCUGCACUGGAGCCUGGGGCAAGUGGUCACCCAGCUGCCGGAACAAGAUGCAGCAUCCCAGGAGCAGCUGAUCCAAGAGCGGAGGUCCCACCAGGCCAACCCAGCAGCACAUCUUACAGGAGCCAACUCCAGCUUGACCGGCAGUGGAGGCCCACUGCUAUGGGAGACGAAGCUGGGCCUGGCCUUCCUGAGGAACCUCCGCUACCGCGACGGUGCCCUGGUGGUUGCCCGAGCCGGCUACUAUUACAUCUACUCCAAGGUGCAGCUGGGCGGCGUGGGCUGCCCGCAGGGGCUGACCAGUGGCCUGCCCAUCACUCAUGGCCUCUACAAACGCACACCUCGCUAUCCUGAGGAGCUGGAGCUCCUGGUCAGCCGGCGGUCGCCCUGUGGACGAGGAACCAGCCCCCGCAACUGGUGGGACAGCAGCUUCCUGGGUGGCGUGGUGCACCUCGACGCCGGGGAGGAGGUGGUGGUCCGAGUGCCAGACGAGCGCCUGGUCCGACUUCGUGAUGGCACCCGGUGCUACUUCGGGGCUUUCAUGGUGUGA